AUGCUGCGCUCUGCUGCUCUAUGCGACUCUACACGGUGCUUGGUAUCUGCUCACGCUGCUGCUCAUACGAUAGCAAAGGCAAAGGCAAAGGCAAAGGCAAAGGCAAAGACCAAGACUGAGCCAUCGGGGCAGCGAGGACGAGAGUGGGCAGUGGUCAAAACAAGCACUUUCUCGAGCAAAUCAGCAAAUCAACGGCGUGCCAUCGGGUACCGUGGCUAUCUCAGAGAACACCUGCUCACACCUGCUCACACCUGCUCACACCUGCUCGCUCCACGGCCGUGGCCCAAGAAGCGGCCUAUCAACAGUGUCAAGUUGCGAGAGGCACGCUGGAGCAAAGGGCCGCGAGAGGCAGCCUGUCUCCGUCUCAGACGCAUCAAGCGGCAGAUACUCUGCAGCGUCUCUGUGUAAGUGUUGUACUGCGUGAUGCGUACUGCGACUGCGACUGCGUAGUGCCCGCCGUGCUCGUGGGCAUGCGCCAUGUACUCCCAACGAGUUUUCCAAAAGCACGAAAUCAAGGCGGGUGCGGAUGCAAGCGAGUCUGGUUAGCGAACGACUGCCUCUCCCCCCUUUAGUUCAGGCCGCGAGAAUAUCAAGGCCUACAGUAUACGAGUACCUCACAUCACCACUUCAUCACCAGGCCUCUGGUUCAUCUGGUUCAGAUGAACCAAAUGGCGUUGGUCAGUCCGUCAGCAGCAGCCUCUCACAGCACGGCAGUUCUCACCACGAUGCCACCAGUAGAGAAUCCGAGGAGGGUCGCUUCACACCCUCUUCAUUCUCUAGCGUCGUGCAAAACCUCAAGAACCCCUCCAUGAACCAUACAAAGUACUUCGUAGUUGGUAGAGAUGAACCUGUCAAGGAACGACUCCCCUCCACUCCCCUCCUCCCCUCUCCUCUCACCCCCCCUCUGGCUCCCCUCUGGCUCCCCUCUAUUUGA